CUCAGCUCUUCACAUUAAACGGUAUACCGUAUUAGCGUUCAAUCUGGUGCAGGUGCUGGUGGCAUUGCAAGGAUUUGCAGAAACUGUGCAUCCUUCGCGAGUUCUUGUUCAUCCGUUGCAGCAUCAGCUUUUAGCAGGACUAGAAUUUGGAGCUGGGACUCUGACAAAGGUGCUUGCAGGAAAGAAGCCGCUCAUACAGAGGUUGGUGCUUCCAUUGCCUAGUGUCUCUGCAGCGGCGUGGUCGUGCGAGGUCCUGUGAAACAGUUCUCAGGUGUCUGGCAAAAGCGGCGAUGAUUGAGAGGAGGGGCGACGUGACCUACAAUUUAGUCAUCGAAGAUGAUCAAGGAAACCCGUUCCCUGAGAUUCUCAAGGAUGAUGUCACUUAUGUCGUUGCAAGGCCCAACACCCAGUUCCAGGUGCGAAUAGCAAGAAACGUUGCAGGAUCCCAAUUGGCAACAGCUCUAUAUGCAGCAGGACUUGCUAUUGAUGGGGAAAGCAUUGGCUAUAUCAGAGAUCUGCGGAGCGCGGGUGCGAAAGCUAAGGACUGUGUAUUUGAGGGUUGGCGAGUUGACCAUCGGAGUAAGCGAGCGUUUGUCUUUGGGCAGCCGCGUUCUGCUACCGAAGACCAUCAGCAACCAUUCAUCCCUGCAUCACAAUCGCAGGUUGGGACUAUGGUAGCUUCCUUUCUGAAAAUGGAGAGAUAUGCAUGCAAGGCCCCGGAAGAGCGCUGCAGCGCCUGUGAAUUCAGAGGUUUCGGAGCAAAGCGGAAACCUCGGGACAUUAAAACGGCCUCCUCUGUCACUCAGGCUGAUGGGAAAAAGUUCUUCACUGCCCCAAGUCUGACUGCGGAAAGCGGACGGGUGCUGCCUACAAAAUCCCACAAACAAGAGUCCUUUCACACCCGACCAGUGUCUAGAGUUCCGGUAAUUCAGCUGAAGCUCAGGUUUGAGACAGCUCCCAUCCUGUUGCUGCGGAAAGUUCUAGACCAGAGCAAUCCGGAGCAUGCACGGUUGUUGGAAGGGGUGCAUCAGAGAGUUCAGGAAGGGGGUGAGGCGUCAACAAGUCAGCCAGCGGUCGAGCGGAAACCCAAGACUGUCAAGGUCGAGACGAAGAAGAGCGGAAACAGCACAAGAACAGAAGGAACGGAAGCGUCUACGAAGGAGACGAAGGUGGGGCGCAAGGAGGCCAAGCGAGGGUGGAGCACGAAGUUGGAGCUCACAGGCAUCGAAACAGUGGACUUAACAGAGGACGAUGGGAAUGAUGAUGAGUGCAUGAUGUACACAGUCGAGAAGAAGCCUCGGCCGAAUGAUUUUGUGUCGGUUGACUAGCUCGCAGAAGUAAGAUCAGGUUCAUUCGCAGGCGGACUCCUCGAUCUUGUUGGAGACCAAAGUCAAUUGACGUUACAGCUCAAUUUCCAAUGCUGAGAAGAACCUGAUGUCCGUAGUCCUCUGAUUGAUUGAGAACGGACCAGUUUCUGCAUGAAAAGAUGGAUAUUUUUCCACGCUUGAC